CGCUGCCGAUUCAGUUCUGAUCCAGCAUCUCCGGCAGAAGUAGCUGGAGCUGGAAGAUUUUUUUACCUCAAGUUAAAACGACCAUCAGAAAAGUCAAGUCGACGACAAUGAGAAUCUUUUUGAUCACGCUGCUCAUCGCCAUGGCUGGUAUGGCCCUCGGCGACCAGCUCGAAGGGCAGGAAGCGGAAGUCACCGCGCCGAUCGGCAGCAUCCGCGGUAAAUUUAUGCAGUCUCGUUUGGGAAGGCAAUUUUUCGCGGCUCGUGGUGUCCGAUAUGGCGAAGCCCCGAUUGGCGAACAUCGGUUCAAGCAAGCCGUCCCCGCUAAACCUUGGACGACUGUUUUCGACGCCACCGAAGAAGGACCGGCGUGUCCCCAACCCGCAGCAAUUCUACCGUCGGAAGAUUGCCUUCGAUUGAAUGUCUAUACUCCUAAGCUACCGAGCGCUCAAAACUCCGAUGCGAAGAAACCGGUCUUGGUCUUCUUUCACGCUGGGGGAUUCUACGUAGGUUCCGCCCAAAGCAACCUUUACGGACCGGAGUACCUUAUGGACCAGGACAUCGUUCUGGUCACCGUCAACUACCGACUGAUGUCCCUAGGGUUCAUAAGCACCGGAGACGCGGAAGCCCCAGGAAACCUGGGCCUCAAGGACCAAGUUGAAGCGCUUCGUUGGGUAAAAAGAAACAUCGAGUCGUUCGGCGGUGAUUCGGGCAACGUGGUGAUAGCCGGAUACAGUGCUGGAGCUUGGAGUGUGAGCCUGCAUCUGGUCUCCCCGAUGACCAAAGGCCUAUUUCAUCGAGCCAUCGCGAUGAGUGGGUCGGCAACCUACCAGAAACCACUUGGCAGGCAUCAGAAGGAUCUGGCCGAAAGACAGGCUCGCUUGUUGGGCUGUCCGACGAACACGUCGCAAGCUAUAAUGGCCUGUCUGAAGACCAAAUCCAUUCAAGAGUUUGUGGACUCUUUCGAGAAGAUGUUUGACUGGCGAUACAAUCCUGUUCUUCUCUGGAAUCCAGUCGUCGAACCCAAGGUUCCGGGCGUGGAACGCUACCUGACCGAUGAACCGGUGAAACUGAUUCUCCAGGGAAAGUUUCACCAGGUUCCUCUGAUCACCGGUAUCACCAAGGACGAAUUUGGGGGAAAUGUUGUCAACUGGGUUGAGACAGAGAGAAAGGGAAAUGUAUCACUAUUCACCGAGCUCAACGACAACUGGGAAACUCUGGCUCCGAUCAUCUUCCAGUACGAACGAAUCACACCUCGCUCCAAGGAAAUCAGCAGGGACUUUAAGUCGUUCUACUUCAGGGACCAGCCGGUGUCAUUGAAAACGGUGGACGGUGUGGCCCAGCUCUACGCCGACGGACUGAUCGUGUUCUCCGUUCAUCGAUUGGCCAAGUUGAUCGCCGUGGUUUCUACACAGCCUGUCUACUACUACGAGUUCACGUAUCAAGGUCGAUACAGUCACCACGUCUGGUCUGAUACGAAAAAACCAUACGGUGUUGUUCACCACGACGAUCUACUGUACCUUUUCAAUGUCAAGAGAUACUUCCCCUACUUCAAUACCAACGACCCUGAGUACUCGAUGGUAAGACGGCUGACCUCGAUGUGGACUUCUUUUGCUAAAUGCGGAAAUCCGAUCCCAAGAGAUGUCGAGGGAUUUGAAAAUGUUACCUGGGACGCGUUCACACCGGAAAACAAAAAGUACUUGAAUAUUGGAGAUAAUCUCACAAUGGCCACCGAUUUGUACGCUGUGCGCAUGAAUGAGUGGGAAAAACUUUUCCCAUUGCCGUCCGUUGAUACGCCCGGAACGAACGUCAAGCAUUGAACAUCAAUUUUAUCGAACCAUUUACGAUCUUACACUGUGGAUCGAUAAUUAGUCUAAUUGGCAUCUCUGUUUGGCAUUGUAUAAAAUCCAAAGCGUAUUAUUCAGACGGUGUAAAUCAGCCGCUUUUUGAAUGGUUUUAUUUUUCAAACAAUUAAACGUUAUAGCAACUAAAUUGUUCCAUUCAUACCUUGAUGAUGAUGAAUUAAUCCUUCUAAACCCUUGAUUCUCAUUAUCGAUUUUUUUUUUAAUCGACGUAACAGCUUUGUAAGUAUUUAAAACUCUGCGAGACCUUGAUAGAUGAGAUUUUAUCGGGUGUAUUUUGGCAAUAUGAUGGGAAUUGAUUUUACGCCUUAAGAAACUACCAUACAAUUUAAAACAAUUAGAAUUUGGUUAUUCAUAAAUUCACAAAUUCCGAGUGGGUUUGAGAAAUUAACAAUCUUUACACGGAAUAUUAGUAUUUGUCAUAAGUUUGGCACUAUUUUUUUUACCGAUACGCCAUACGAUAGAUGGAAAAGAAAAAUAUAGACAGCAGUUUUAGAGUCAUGCGAUUUAUUAAUGUUACAUCGCAACGAGAUGUGCUUUGGCUGCACUAUCUUCUCAUCCAAAUCGGCUCCUCAUCUCCCGCUCAAUUUUUGGAUGACGUUGUAAAUUGAAUCAUAAAAUUCAUUUCGCAACGAUGCAAAAUUGCAAUGUAUUCUUGUGCUGUGUACCUAUUAUUAUUUUAUGUAUAUUAUACAGCACGCGCCAAUUAACGUCAUAUACCUGCGGCGUGUCUAAGAAAUACGAUACAUGACCUUGCUGAUGUUCAUCGAAAUAUAUUUUGUAGCCAGAGAUCAAGGUACUGGAAAAAUUAUAUUAGAUCCGAAAUAACUGAUUGAAUUUUUAUAUACCUGUGGGGGACGCUGCAAAAAUAUAUUAAACAAACAUAAUUUCCAUUUGCUUUACGAAUACGAUUACGUGUAAAAAAAAAAAAUUAGCAUGGACCGAACCAUCGAGUGAAGUAAUAAAAUUAGCUCAGCAUUUAUAUUAUUCAAGGACA